AUUGAAAACACGGCCAGUGUUUGUCUGCUACAAAUUGACGUACUCCAUGAGGAGUCGGACGAACACCGUGCAUCCCAAUAUUUGGCGGGCUUACUUCAGUAA